GCUGUUUGUUUCAGAGUCAAGGAACAACAAAAACAUGUCCGAUAGGCUGAAGCGUUAACCAGCAACAGCCACCUUCAGUCACAUCAACAAGUCGUCGAGUGGACCGACUGCUAUAUGAUUCCCGUCGUGUUAACGGCCGAAAACCCAGAAAGAUGCCGCAGAAAGCACUGGGAUCCAUUGUAGGUCUUCUUUGUACCGGGACCUGUCUGGUGCAGGGAAAGGAGUUCUGUUUCGGGGUUAACAAUGAGCAGUAUCGAUGUGAGAUGGGGUACUGCUGUGGAGAAACAGAGUGCUGCACCUACUACUACGAGCUCUGGUGGUUCUGGUUGGUGUGGACCCUGAUCAUCAUGCUUAGCUGCUGCUGUGCCUACCGACACCGGAGGGUUAAGAUGCGUCUUCAGCAGGAGCAACGUCAACGUGAAAUCAGCCUCAUGGCCUACCAGGGAGCCUCCAGUUCCUUCAUAUCCCCUCCACCGCUCAAUCUAAGGUUUUGGAACGACUGUAAGCUUCCUGACUAUGAGGAGGUGGUAGGUCACCCCCCGACACCACCUCCUCCAUAUUCUGAAAACCCCCCUGAGACUACUCCAUCAGCCGCUCCACUAGUGAGCCAGCCAGACGACACUGUGCCACAACCCCUCCCUGAGGUAGACCCGAGGGUGGACAGUCAGGCCUCAGGCUCAUCAUCGAACCAGGAAGCAGCGGCGAUGUCGGUCCAAGCACAAUGUCUGGCAGAGGAGAACGUGGAGGCUUCACUGAUGGCUGCGGCGGAGGACGAGGAGGACGAGGAGGAUGAGGAGCUCGUCACCCGGCGUCGCCAUGUCACCGGCGACUCAGGGAUUGAGGUGUGCGUUUGCCAGCUGGACGUAGAUGAGGGCUCAGGUCUCGAGGAGGAUAGCGACGAGGAGCACCGCAUGUGCAAGGUCACCGGUCAGGACUGCUGCUCCGGACGCCAGCAGCAGACCUUCAGACAGAAAGAGCACACCUCUGAGCUGCCCAGCCAGACCGCCAGCACCAGCACUGGAGACCACAUGGUGUGAUCAUCAGCAUUACUAACCAGCCAACCAGCGCGGCUUUGUGCUUCACACAGGGUGAAACAAGAUAUCUGUUGCCAUCAUCAUCACAACAGAGACUGUUUGUGUUUUAUUUCUCUGAACUAACACACAGACAUGAUGCUAAGAUGAUGAUGAUAACUAAUCCUGAAUGGCUCCUGAUUAGGAAAGAUGAAUAACACAUCGUGUGGACAGACUCCUUUUUUCUUUGCUUUGCUUUUCUUUAGGGGGGAAACCAGCAAACCCAUGUUUAUGCUACAUUUGGUAUGUUUUUUCUUCUUCUGUUAAAUAAGAGAGCGUCAUUGGGUAGUGAGAAGGCAGCCAUUGAUUGUGACUGAAACCAGAAUUGACCGUUUUUUCCUUGCUCCUACCCUCUCCUUGAGCACUGCCAUCAUGUUUCCUUUUCUGUCUCACCACUUUACUUGGUCGGGACAUUUCCGACCAUCCUUCCAUCUGACAUUUUACCUCCGGUGGGGUGGUCAGCCUAGGAGCAUACCGACACGGUCAACAACAUUUCUCCCCUAACCCCGUUAUGACUCUGCAGCGGAGGAGUGAAAAAAAACAAACCUCUUGAAAACUGGAUAAAUUGACAGGAGCACACAUUUCGUUUUACCCCAAAGCCGUGUGUGUGUGUGAAAGUUUAUGUGUGUGCUGUGAAAUGUAGGGCACAGCUGCAUGAUGAUGUCAGCUCUGAGGUCAUGGCAACCAGCGUCUGGUGUGAAGUCUAUGGGACGUUUUGCAUCUAGAGUGGGGGAGAUUAUAUGCCCACGAACAGCAGAGGAGAGAGACAAGAAGGAGUUGAGUUUGUUGUUUUGUCUCUGGGUAUUAAAUGUCAAACACCCCACCAGACCUUUGUUCCUUUUUGAUAUCCAUACUGUGGUCACAAAUUAGCAUGACUGUAGGUAAGGAGUGACCAGCUUUUUAUGAUUUACUGAUUGUGUGAAUCUCCCCACGUUUCUGACUGCAUUAAAUUCAUAGAAAUAGCCAAGAGGGCUAUGCCACCAAUUUGUAAUCAAUAAAAAGCCUUUUGGUGGCUCUGUGUUUUAUUUACUGUCUUAAGUCAGAGUGAGUAGUGGCAGCAUUUUGCUCCUUCUAAACAUAUAUAGUUUGGAUGUUCAUAACGAAGGAUGUACUUGCUUUUUGAAAACAAAAAACAUAACCAGCUAUGCUUCAGUAAAUACUGUGGGUAUCACCAUUAAUUGCAACAAAGCUCCUGACGGGGGCUGCUAGAGUGUGUACUAGUGAGUGGAUGUUAUAGUGCAGUAGGGAAGGGUUGUAUGUUGUAUAUCUUUAAAGUGCUGGUUGUAAUACUUGUUCAGCACUGAGUCGGAUUAACUAUUAAAAGCACUGGUAUUUUGCAUGAGGCAUGACUUUCUGUGUUUAUAUUUGAGUUCAUUAGCAUUUUAUAGCUACUUGCUUUGCUCAUCUGUUAGUCAGAAUGAUAGUGGGCUACAGUGGCUACACAACUGUGUACCCAGAUGUCGGGGUAAAAAAAUGGACUAAAGUUCACAUGCCCCGGAUCCAGUUUCAUUGUGGUGUUAUGAUUGGGCGAGCCAUGCUAUGCUGUUUUGCAGUGGUGGUAGCUUGUCAGCUGGUGUUGUGUGGCCCCUGUAGCUCUUGGCAGUGUGAGGGAUUUGCAGUGGUAUUUUCCGUUGGCAGCAGAGGGGGAGGGGGUACAUUAGCAAUUUGAGGUGGAUGCAGGCUCUGUGCAGUGUUGGCAAAGCUGCAGAAUAUAUUUUGAUUAAAUGCAUGCUUCUAUGCGUUGCAUGCUGCUUCGAUAUACUGUACAGUUUGUAUUCAAAGCAUAGCAGUCAAACUGGUUGUUGUCAGAUAGAAAAACCGUCGCAAAAUGAAUUUAUGAUUUGUUGCAAGAUAAAAGUCUGUGCAAGACAAACAGUUACUAAUAAGUGAGUAAAUGUUUCAUUAAGAAUUUAGUUUAGAACAACUUUUUCUUUUGUCUGCUCUGAUACUGCGUGAAAAAAUGGGCACAGUGUAAAGACUCAGGUCAGUCAUUCUGCUUCACACAUGCUCACAAAGUACUGCUCCUUAUCAUCUUCCAUUCUGUUUAAGAUGAUUCCAUGAAAAGUAAAAAUGUCCUAGAUACAGUAUCUUGUCUACAUUAGCAGUUUAAACUUGUAGUUGUCACGUCCCAGUUAAUCAUUUCCAGCUGGUUAAGUGGGGAGUAAAUGCUCACAUUUCAUACUUGCCAGAUUUAUUUAUUCAGGCAUUGGAAUUAAUUGGCAUGUCCCUUUUUUUUCAGCAGAUAUUUUACUCUGACAGGGACACAUUCUUGGGCUCCUAAAGAUAUACUAUGCAGGAAUUGCUAUAUUUCACUCUUAUAUAUUGUAGAUUUCAAAGGCUGAUGCCCAGAAACUUCAUAAACCCAGCAAAUUGAACAGAAAAGUGAAAGUACAGGCAGAGGGUCAUGUCUCUGAAGAUAAAGACACCGCCACACACUUUUCGUGGGUUGCACGUGAUGAUGUAAAGGGAUUAUAUAUCUAUACAUUGUGUUUUAGAGGAAAAUCCUGCAUAGUAUAUCUUUAACAAGACGUGACACUGGGUUCUGCAUAUACAUUUUUAUAAUUGUUGGGCCAAUGAAAGUAUUUCCUCCAACAAGCAACAGCCUAGAGCUCAUCACUGGCUGUGGUUGAGUUUCUACCAUAUGAGCUACAAUACAUACUGCUGUGGCUAACAUGUAGGAAAGCAAUACAAGAGGUCUGGUGCACCAAAAAUAUCAACACAGAGUGAAACAAAAUGAACGCAUGGCUUUCUAAAGCUUGAAUUGAAAGAUUAAGCUUCAUGAUCAUUAAAUAGGCCUAAUCAAACAUGCUGCUGAAAGCUUUGCAGUGCUUGUGUUGCAUAAUCGAGCAGGUGCUUAAAAACAAAGCCAAACCAACAUGACGACGACCUUUUCAUACGAGCUGUUACACUGUGAGCAUGACUGCACACCCAUUAGCAGAAGUAAUAAAGGCAUUUUUUUGACCAACACACCUCAAGCUGCCUUGCUGCUUCUAGAGAGCAAAUGUCUUGAUUAUGGAGCUGCACAAUAAAACAUAGCCUCUGUGUGCGAAAACAGACACGCUACUGCUGCCUUAUUAGAGUACGUGGUAGUUUCUUUUGAAUGGUCAUAGUUGUGUCGUUCCUAGCAUGACUGCGUCAGAGCAGAGGAGUGCUCUUGUAUCGAUAGAUAAUGGCAUCUGUUCCGAGAAUGUGCGCUUGCUUUAUGAGAAGAGGAUGUGGUUGCAAAACAUUGAAAACCACACGAUUUCCACUGUCACGUUCUGUAGAGUUGUACUUGCAUUGGUUUUGUAUCUGAGGGCUGGUUGUGUUGAAUUUAAAAGACUGUGUGUGGAGUUAGUUGUGGCACUGAUGGAAUUAGUCAAGACCAGAUUUUUGAGUUUGUGCUCAUUCUGUUUUGUUGUUUUUGUUCCUCGGAUCUGGUCGCAAUUAGUUUGUGAUAUUAACAAGCUCGAAAGCAUGAGGACAAAAUAUUCUUUUUGUUCUGUGGUUUUGUUGUGAUUCAUCCUAUUUGUGUUUGGAGGACAAAGAUGAACUCCAAGAGAUUGCUUUGUAACCUUGCUAAGGUGCAUAUUUACUUCUUUGUAUACAUAUGUAGACAAAAUAAUAGGUGGGGUGGGGGGGUGAGGAAUGAGGGGAAGGGUAGGGGUUCUUUUGUGCAUGAGUGAACUGGAGGUCCAUAGGUUUCCCAUUGCCAAACAACUACUAUGUCUCCCAGGUUUUCACAUGUUUACCGAGAUUAAGGGCUAUUAUCAGUCAUCAAUAGUGGACAAACAUCCAUCCAUCCAUUUCACUGAGUGAUUCUGUUGUCCUCUGUGCUGUUCACUUAAAGCCACAGUUGCCGAGAUCCACACUCUGAACAUGUUUAGCGUUUGGAUGUUCUUUUAAUGUUGUGGUGGAGCUCAUAUUUAACAAUAGCUGAUUGUAUAUGACCAUUAAUGUUUGUUUUAGAGGCUUUAACUUUGCCUUUUUGUUUUGUCAACGGAGGUGCGUGAUGCGACAUCCCUUCACCCCCCUCCUUUCCCCCCCAGCGACCCAAAACCCAUAUGAGAACUUAUGUAACUAGCUGCAUGUGUGGUUGUGACAGGAGUUUUUUUUUUAUUCUGUGGACAGUGAUUCCACCCUCCACCAGACAGAAACUGUAGCCAACAGCUCUGCAUGUGGACCCUCGGAGGGUCCUCGGAGGCAUAAGUGUCGACAAAAGAGCUGCAAUGAUUAUUCCAUUGACAGAAAAAUAAACUAUUUUGAUAAUCAAUUAAUCAUUUAAGUUUUUUUGUGCAAAAAAAAAUGCAGAAAAUAUGUCUUUUCCUAGUUGUCUCUGUUUUUUAUUAUAGUAAACUGAAUAUCUUUGGCUCUGAGCUAACAAUACACCAACCUUGAGCUCGUUGGCAGAUGAAUCAGUAAUGAAAAUAAUCUUUAGUUGCAGCCCUAGUCGACAGAUAAUCUACCAAAGUUGCUGCCAUUUCCGUGCUACACAGAUCAUCACUGUUUUCACUUAUGUGUGUGAGUGGUUGUCAGAAGAUUUGGUUCCUCAGGGUUAUCUUUAACAAGCAGUGCUAGAAUUUUAAAUUAACACAUGUUUUGACCCACCAGUCUCAUAAAGCCAAAGCAGUUCUUUCAUGAUAAUUGUUUCCCCAUUGUUGUCUCAUGUUACUUGUGCAUCACGCAUCUCUGUCGUUUAUCGUACUUUACUCAAACUAGGCUAUGCAAAAACAUAAACCUACUGUUAUAUGCUGCGACCCCUUUCUCACUUUCUCUGUCAUUUGUCUGUGGGCACCAGUACAAGCAAUAUAACUCUGAGUACUUGUGGCACUGCACUGUACUGUAAUCUACAUUGAUUGGUGUGUGUACAUGUAUUUGUUUCAGAAAACGUGUAAAAAAAAAAAAAAACAACAACUUGUAAUGCUACUGCAAUGAUGUGGUUAGUAUGUAUGCUUCAGUGUCGUCUGAGGGGCUGGAGUUAAAAAGCCAUUCUAGUUUAUAUAUUUUCUCCUCUUUUUGGCUUUUUCCUGCCUGCCUCCUCAACCACUAACACCUUCUACUCCUGAUUUAUGGAUAAACCACAUUAUUAAGAUGUUUUAAGCUGGAAGAAAAAGUUGAAUAUAUAGUUUUUGUUGCAUUAUUUCAUGUUUGAUAUCUUUAAUCUGUUUGCCACUUUUCCAUCCCUCGUUUUUGUUGCACUAAUUCGAUGUGUUGGUUUUCUCAGUUGAAGCAAAAGUUGUCUUUUUCCAUCACUGAGUGUUGCCUUUAAUCCUCGGUUAUUAGUACAACACCAUCCGUUUCAAAACUUUUAUAUAUUAUACAGAUGAAAGACCUCAACAUGGAACACAGUCGGCUUGCAUUAAACACAUUAGGCUGAAACAGGAACACUCUGAACUGAUCGGUGUCAUUGUUUCUGUCAAACAACUUGUAAACAGAACUUUGUUCUCAACCAUAGAUAAUACCAAACAGAUGCAGGUGCCAUGGUUGAGCUAUGUGGAUUUAUUUUUCUUUUUUUUGGCCAAAAUGUGAAACAUUCAAGUUUGAGAAGGAAGCAGGCAUCUAUUAACACAAAACAGACUAUUUCUGCAACAAGCCAAAAUGAGUAAAGUAAAAAAAUAAAAUGAAAUAAAAAAUAAAGCACUGAAUAACAGAUAACAAAAUGCUUUGGUUUUAGUAAGAAGUCUGCUGUGUGCUUGUUGGGUCAUCAUUUGUAUUUUAUUUUUUUAAUAAAACAAAGAUUGGCACUCAA